UGAAACGAGGUUUGGGAACGUGAUCAUAUUCACCUUCUCCUCUCUUGAAGGUCAGAAGAACAUUAUUUGAAUUUGUUCUAGACUUGCAAACAAGUUGCAGUUUUCUUUUUGCCAAUAGCUUACGGAAAUUAUUCUAUUGUGAAACCAUGGGUCGUAAAUUCUUUGUUGGUGGUAAUUGGAAGAUGAACGGUACCAAAAGUGAAAUAGAUGGUAUCGUAGCGUUUCUAAAAACCGGACCGCUCGAUCCAAAUGUCGAGGUUGUUGUCGGUGUACCAUCAAUAUAUUUGACUUACGCAAAAAGCAUAUUACCUAGCAAUGUUAGUAUCAGCGGACAAAAUUCAUACAAGGUUGCAAAAGGAGCGUUUACUGGAGAAAUUAGCCCUGCUAUGCUUUUAGAUAAUGGAAUCCCAUGGGUAAUUCUUGGCCAUUCAGAACGUAGAAAUGUGUUCAAUGAAACAGAUGAAUUGGUCGCGGACAAGGUAGCUCAUGCUUUGGAAGCUGGAGUGAAGGUGAUCGCAUGCAUCGGUGAAAAAUUAGAAGAACGCGAAGCUGGAAAAACAGAGGAAGUAGUCUUCAGACAGACUAAAGCUAUCUCAGAUAAAAUCAAGUCAUGGGACAAUGUAGUCGUUGCCUAUGAACCAGUAUGGGCAAUUGGAACAGGCAAAACAGCCACUCCUCAACAAGCUCAAGAAGUGCACGAGAAACUAAGAGAAUGGUUUAGUAAAAAUGUGAAUGCAACUGUUGCAGAAACUGUUAGGAUUAUAUACGGAGGAUCAGUAACAGCAGACAAUGCAAAAGAUUUAGCGAGAGAAAAAGACAUAGACGGAUUCUUAGUUGGAGGAGCAUCUUUGAAACCUGACUUUGUAAAAAUUGUUAAUGCAAAACAGUAAGAUGUUAUUUAUUCACUGAUUAAUAAAACAGAAAAAUAUUAUUUGGUCAUCAAUUGAUACACGUUGGGAACGUGUAUUUUUAAAAGUAAAAUAAAGUAUUAAACUUAUAUUUUCCUUGUUAUUUAAAUAGAAAUAUAUCUAAGUCAUGUUGUCGGAAUGAAAAGUUACUUUGAAAUUGAUAAUAAACUGCAUUGUAUUA